AUGGAUAGUCAAAUACUCGAAGAAGUUAUUAGAAGUGGGAAUAUUCCAUGUCAUGGAAGAACAGGUUUGAAAUUUGAACUGUUUUUUGAGGCCUGUUGAAAACUGGAUUAUUUUUCAAAAAAAAAACUUCAAGAUUUCCUGAUUAAUUCUAGAAAAUUCCGAAAAAAAAUUAUUUUCACCACAAAGUUCGAAAAAAUCCUUAGAAUUUUGGCCCACGUGGCAAAUUUCAAAAUUUUGUUUCAAUACUUUAUAAAAACUUGAUAUUUUUUAAACUGAAAUUUUUUAUUUUGCAUUUUUCACCCAAAAUCGUUUUAUUUUCCUGACUGUAUCAAUUUGAAACAUUUUUUUUCUCGAAUAGUUAUUCCAAAUUCAUAGUCUUCCCAAAAAAUUUUUUUAAAUGGAAAUUAUGUGAAAAAAUAAUUUUUCUAGGAAUGUUGUGUAGUGGCGGGGGAUUGUUACCGCCAGCAUUAUUAGACGAGGCAAAAGUUCCCAAGUUUUACCUGGAUGCGAUUUCUGCGUGUGGAGCGAAUACAUCGACUUCGUUGCCAAAUACUGCCCUUGGUUAGUUUUUACAGAUAGUGGUUCAGACAAUUUUCAGAUUACCCAAAAUGAAACUCACAUUUUCAAAAAAAAAAAUUCUGACAAAUAGCAAUUUUUUCGAAAUUAGAAAUGAAUUAAUUUUUUACGUGAACUCAGUUCAGAAGAUUAAUAAAUCAUUUCUAAAAAAUAUCACAUUUCUAUCGAAGAGAAAAAUCUUCUCAUUAUCGAAAAAUAACAAUUGUUUUUACAGUAUACAAUUUGAUGAACACAUCUGGUCUCCAAAAAGAUGUAUUAUCGUAUAUUUGGAGUGCUGUAAAUCGAGCAAAACCUGGACAAUUAACCCGACCCGAAUUCUUCUCUCUAAUGGCUCUCAUUGCAUUGGCACAAAAAGGCGAAUCUCUAGCUGCUCUAUGCGCCAAAGAUUCCCUCCCAAUUCCAUAUUUGAAUCCGGUUCAAUCAUUUCCUUCUUCUGCGCCAACCACUUCGUCAUUUAUUCCACCGUUAUCCAAGUGAGUUUGGGAAUUGUUUUUAUCAGGGAAAUUAUUGUUUUAUUAAAGAAUAAAACAGACAACUUCUGCAUUCAUCCCAACAUCUUUGCUUCCACGAAAAAGUAUGAGAAAAAAGAAGGAAACUGAUCUUAUCAAGGAUUUGAAUUCACCAACAACACCACAAUCAAACAAUAGUUCACCAUCGAAACAAGGCGCAGCUCGUGAUUUGAUGGGCUUAAAUUUUGGCGCUGAAAAUAUUAAAGAUGAAAAUCGAGAAACACAAUCUGAAACUCCAACAAUUCGAUGUUGGCGAGAAACUAUUCACGCAAUAUUUCUCAUUUUUCAAGAAGCCAAUGAUUUACUCGGAAAAGCCAAAAAUUCGAUUAUUGAAGAAGUUGUAUCAACUGAAAAGGGGGAAAAUUAUAUGAAGUUAGUUUUGAGAAAAAAAAUGUUUAUUUUUAUUUUUCGUCUUUUUUUGCAGAAGUUUAUCAUUAGCAUCGGAAAUUUUGGAGCGAGUUUGUCGAUCGGCGGGAGUUUCUUUACCAACACAAUCAACUAGUGAAGCUGAAGCUUGUAGAAAAUGUUGGAAGCGAUUGAGCCCAUUUUUGAGCAAUAAUGAAGGGAUACAACGAAAUGAAGAUGAAUCAAGGUUGGGAGAAGUUUUUUAAUUGAAAAUUCGGAAAUUUUUAGUGGAAAUCAAGAUUUUGAUUAUCGAUUUAAAAAUUCAAAUUUCUCUAGAAAAUCAGCAGUUUUCUUGUUGCUCAAAAUUCACAAAAAUUUGAAAAAAAUCUGGAAAACCUCUUCCAAAUUGUUCUUCAAAAACCCAAAAAAUCCGAAAAAAAAUUAUUUUUUCCAGAAAAUGCGCAAUUUGUUGUCAAAACAUAAUAAAUGGAAUUGAUUACGGUGGACAAGUUUAUGAUGUUAUGUGUGCAAAUUUAUGGGUGAAUAAUGUUAGUUCAAUGCUACCAAAUCAACAUUUGAAGUUGUGA